GAAAUUUCAAUUUUUUUAAGGGAGCGGUAAAUUUGUACAAGACAAAAUGGUCCUUUUGGAUUUUCCUUCAACUUGGUGGAACUAAGCCAGAGAGUCCUUUAUUGGUCGCUCACAAAGUUGAUUCAGCUUUUGAAAGUUGAAGCACUUCCAUUCCAUUUCAGAAACGUUGUUCAAAAUUCAAAUCAUGGAUGCACAUGACUCAGAAGACCCAAAGCAAAGCACUGCUGAUAUGACUGUUUUUGUGCAAAAUCUUCUUCAGCAGAUGCAAACUAGGUUCCAGACAAUGUCUGACUCCAUCAUUUCAAAGAUUGACGAAAUGGGAAGCCGUAUAAAUGAGUUGGAGCAAAGCAUCAAUGAUCUAAGAGCAGAGAUAGGAGUGGAGAGCUCUCCAUCACCUGUGGCCCCUGUUAAGCCAAAGGAAGAAGAGUUGAAGAAAGAAGGUUCCGCAUAAGAUAACAUCAGGAUUUUGUCCCUGUAUCUUAUGAGUAUAGAGGUGAUUCGGAACUUAGAUAUUUGUCAUGGAACAUAUGAGUGCACUCUCUUUUGUAGCUAAAGUUUGUCUCUGUUAAAAAAAUUACAGUACUGCUGAUUAAUUUUUCCUUUUUCCAAUUCGAGAUGAUCUAGACUUGUUACUAUUGGUGGAGGAAAACUUCUAUUAUAUUGAUUACUUUGUUCUCCUUCUGCC